AUGGAUUCUAUAGACGCUGCGAUUCCCGCCACCCACAAGGCAUUGCUGCUCAAUUCAACUCGCGACCCCUACGACAUCGCCGUCGUCCAACGGCCGACACCAAAAGCAGGCCCUGGAAGCGCAGUGCUACGUGUCUUAGCCGUUGGUGUGCUUACUUAUGCAGGCAAGGUCUACAGUGGCAGGAAACCGUACCCAUAUCCCACCCCUCUCGUGCCGGGACUUACCUCUAUCGGUCGAGUCUCUGCUGUUGGGCCGGAUGCCACUGUUCUCAAACCUGGUCAGCUUGUGUUCUUUGACUGCUUCAUAAACGGCCGGGAUAGCCCAGAGGCGCGGUGCCUCUCCGGCCUCAGUGCUGGCAUGAACGCCGCCAGCAAUGUCUUGCUUGAGGGCGAGUGGCGCGACAGCACUUUCGCCGAAUAUGCCAAGGUGCCAUUGGAGAACUGCCACCUUUUGAACGAGGCUCGGCUGUGCGGAAGCCCGGCUGAUGGUGGUCUUGGCUACACAAUCGAAGACCUCGCCUUUCUCUUCUACAUUUCUGUCCCCUUUGGUGGACUUCGCAGCGUCAACGUCCAGGCCGGUGAGAAGGUUAUCGUCACUCCCGCCACGGGCGCCUACGGCAGCGCCGCUGUACUUGCUGCCCUGGCUAUGGGAGCACAGGUCAUCGCGAUGGGCCGGGAUGCUGCAAAGCUCGAAAAGAUCAAGGCAUAUGGCCCCAAAGGGAGAAUCAGAACUGUUCUCAACACCGGCGAUAUGGAUGCCGAUAUCAAAGAGCUUACACGAGACGGCCCAGCGGAUGUGUUCUUCGAUAUUUCACCGGGGAAGGCUUUCACCAGCACACACUUCAGGAGCUGCAUCCACUCGCUUCGUCUCGGAGGGCGAGUUAGCAUGAUGGGUGUUCAUGAUGGCCUCCCGAUGCCCAUGAUGCACAUGCUUAUCAACGAUAUCACUCUCAAGCCAAGGUGGAUGUACUCUGUGGAAGACAUGAGGGUGAUGAUCCGGCUGCUUGAGGCUGGAUACCUAAGCCUCCGCGGCAUCAGAACAGUAGGGACAUUUCCGUUGGAGCAAUUUUCACAAGCGUUUGACGCAGCGGCUGAAAUGGCUGGACCAUGCGUGCAGGUACUCAUCACUCCUUAG